GUUGAUUCUUGGAGUGCUCUGUGCUGCUCCAAAAUGAAAUAGAUUCUGCUGUGAUUACAAAGCCUUUUUAUACAUUAUUCUGUGGAAAACAAUAUUAAAGUUUGAAACAAAUACCUAGAAGUGCAUGUUGUUGUAAUCAGGACCAGAAAGCAUACUAUUUCUCAGUAUAUGUUUGCCUCUCCCGACACGUGAACAGUCGAUGCCUUCAGCCUCAACUCAGUGACAGUACCCUUUCUCAGAUAAGAACACGAUUGCGAAGUUAAUUUUAAUUAGAAGAAGGGCCUAGGAUAUUACCCUCGUUAUGAUUUGAAAGGAUAGAGUGAAUAGUAAUUGUCAGGUAUUCCAAGUGACACCGCCUUCAGCAACAAAAUCUGGAUUAAUUUUGAAUAGCCCAUAGACAUUUAACAUAACAUAGAUCUAUAUGAUGUCAAUGAUGAUCGCCAACAGCCUCUUGGAUUUGUAGAUAUUGACUAUCCAAGAAGUUUUGCAUGCUCUGUUGCCGUUGGCAUACCUUUUGUAAUUAACCAUAGAACUGACAGGAUGGCUGGGACUGUACCAGGUUUAAGCUUACCAGCCCUGGCACCAAAAUAUAGUGGAGUCCCCAGGCGUUAUGAAGAGACAAAACCAGUAUAUGUGCAGAAUUUCACUCAUCAAAGGAUUGUUGGCAUUGGCAAAGAUAUUCAGAAACGUGUGUUGGAAUCAAUUGAAGCAGAAAAGUUGGAAGCUCUACGCAAGGCAGAAGAAGCUGUGUGGGUGCAAGCUAAAAAAGAAAAGUCAGAGGCAGUUAAAAAAGCGAGGGAGGAAGAGAAAGCUGCAGCUGAGAAAAUCCUACAGCGGAAAAUCAAGGAGUAUGAACAGCUUAUCAGAGAAGAAUGUCUGAAGGUGGAAAUGGCAAUGCAGAAACAAGCAUUGGAGCAAGUAAAAGAAGAGCGUGCCAGGGGAGAAAAAGCACUUGCCGAGGCUGUCGCAAGAACUGAAGACAAGUGUCACAAGGAGCUCCUUGCGGCUGUGGAUUCUGCACGUAAAGAGGAAAAGAAAAUUGCUGCAGAUGCAGAAGCAAGAAUGAUCAAGAAACACGAAUCAGAGAUUCAACAUCUGAAGAAAUCUGCUGCCGAAGACAAAAAACAGGCUCUAGAAAAUCUGAAGAACAUCAAAGACCAGGAGCGUGUUCGCGCAGUAAAAGAGGUGCAGGAAUUUACCCAGAAGGUGGCGGACAAGCGACUGCGGGAGGUGCGAGAAGAACACAAGAACGAGCUAGACAAAUACAACAGUAUCAUAGUGAGCUGGCAGGGAGAGGUUAAAAAUCGCGAGGUCAUCAUCGGUCAACUAGAAAAGGCAAAACAGAAAGUAGGUGAAAAAUUGUUGGAGGUUCGAUAUUAUUUCCAGGAUUUUAUUAAUCGUGUCAAAAUGUUUGAGGAGGGGCAGACGGAUUAUCUUCUACCUCCUAUGUAUCUGGAGGAAAUAGAAAGGAAUGGGGUAUUGUCAAAACCUUUGUGAAGAAGGCAGUGUUGAUUGGUGUUGGUAUGUGCCUGGUGAUGUAAAUAUGUUUAUUACUUUGUAUAUUUGGCAUGCUCAGACGAAAGUGUAUAACUACGCUUAGAAGUUAUAUAAUUAAACUCUGACAAAGAACAAUGUCCUGAAACAUGUUUCAGACAAAAAUGCCAUUAAAAAAAUGAAAAGAAAAGAAGUCAGCAUCAGUGGCAUAGAAGGGAAGGACUCAGGUAGCUUUUAUUGUUUUAGUAGGGAACUAACUCAUUCGGUUUUUACUUUUGAGUACAUGUAUUGGAAAUUAAAUCAAGCUUUUUAAUACAUAUAUUAUGCAUUUUCUUACCAAAGAGAGAUAGAAAAGCUGAUCUCCAUGAAAGGCCAAAAAUGUUUCAUCCCCAUUUUCAAUCUCAGUUUGCUCAAUUUUGCAUCUCUCCAGGAGCCAUUCAAAACAAGUGUUAGUGUAAGUGAUCCUACAUCACAAUCACAGUAGGGAGUGACAGUGGUAGGUUCAACAUCCUGCCUUCAUAAGUAUGAACAAACUGUUAUGUCGAGUUUUCAAGGCUUUCCAAUUGCUCAAUUUUUAGUGCUGCCUAAAAGAAUAGCCCUUACUAUUACUAUUAGUAUGUUUUACAGGGUAUUAAAAUCACAUUAAACAACAUUUUUACAACAACCAAAGGCUGUGAAAAGUUUUUUUCUUAUCUUCAACUUGAGUGAACAUAUGUCAUGUUUUGAAUAUCAUAUUGUUGGGUUUUUUAAUGUUCCUGUGAUAUCUGCAUUUUAUUGGAAUGAAACUGCUAACAUAACAUCCGUCCUUUUUUUGUUGCCAUUUGCACGGGCAUAUUGUGAUAAAUAUUGCAGGACUCCCCUUAGUGAAAAAAGGGAUGACUGCAUUGCAAAGAUAUGACAAUGAAGGAAUCGAGACAAUAACUAUAGUUUUGUUCAAGACGUUCUUCUUCUUAUUUUUAAGGAGCAGCAUGGACCCCUACUUAGAAGAAAAAUUAGCUCUCUAUUUGGGUUUUGCAUAAAGUGUGAACAGUAAAAAUGUAUUCUUAUAAACUGCAUGGUGAAUUGAAACAAAACUUUAUUUUGGUGUUAUUUCUAUCUUUCCUGUGGAGACCAAGUGUUCUCCGGUUGAAAAACUUUCAUACAACCUCUACUGAUUUGACAUGUACACAUGUUGUUUCUGUCCUGUCAAUACUAUAUUCAGCAAUAGGCAAGCGAAUGAAGCCAGUUGCUUGCCAUUGUCUAUGAAGUGUCAACUCCUUCAUGCCAAAACUUUUUCAAACAAGAGAAGAUUCAAUUACAGUUGUAUACUUUAUGCUUGUACAUGUGCAUUUUAACUAAGCUUAUUUGUUAAAUAUAAUGUUAAAUGUUCAAGACAGGCAGCUAAAGCUAUUACGAGACCAUUUUUUGUUAUGUAUUUUGCUAUUUGAGUAAUGUACCAUCUCAAGAAUGUUGAUCGAUUUAUUACACUAUUACAGUUCUAGUUAAAAGCCUCAGUUGAGGAAUAGUUGCUACAAAAAAAAAGCUCUUUCCCUUCAGGUAGAGUAAACCGGUUGAUUUAUGACAGUGUGAAUAUUUUCUGAACUUCUUUGCACCUUUCAUAAUUUCCCACAUAUACUGCAGCAACAGAAGAUUCCUCAGCAAAGUGCUGAGGUAGUGUUCAGUUAAUAAAUGGGAUAAAACAGUGAACUAUAUAAGUAUAAGGAAGAAAAACAUUUGUACAUUCUUUUGAAACAUUUCCCUCUUAAUCAUUAAGGAAAAACAAUUAAUUCAAUUUUAAGAUUUAUAUGAUGUUCCCAUUUCUUGGACUUCAAAAGAGCACCAUAAUGAAGUUAACAACAGUCAGUAGCGCAGUAAAAAGUGCUUUGUUUACUAUUGUUUAUAUGAAUUAAUUAAUAUUAAGAACGACAAAGAGGCUAAUGAUCUAUCAAAUGAAACACUUUUUACAUUGACUCAUUUGUUUUCAUUUGAUAAGCAAAGUAAGUAAGGUGUACAGACAUUUUUGGUGUCUUUACCACCUUUGAAUUGGUAGUGCGUUAAUUCAUUCACCUCCUCACCUUUCUUCAUUUAUGCACAGAAAGGACUUUUUCAAUUGACUCAGUAAUGUUUAAACAUUAUAGAAAGUGUUUAGAUGGUGUGUGUGAAUCUGGUCCUAUUUCUUUGAAUGUAUUAUAACUUGUUCAUGUUUUCCAAGAAAGAUAAUUAAACUUUUUUUUAAAUGCACUUGUCAUUUAAACUUCACAUCCUGUUUUUUUUAAAGUGACGAUGACAAAAUACAUUGUAGGAGGUAUUCUCUCUUUUGAACGAGAUAUAGGGUCUACAAUAAGAUGGGACAUGGAGCUACUAUGUAUCUUUUUUUCUACAGCCUAGGUACAAGCUCUUUCCGGAGUGACUAGAGCCACUGGUCAGUUCUUGUUAUGUGACACCACAACUAAGUUUAUGGUACACAGCAACAAGGAGGAGGAUAAUGCAAGUUUCAUUUUUUGCAAAGGCACCAGAAACUGACAUAGCUGGCUGCUGCAGCAUACCUAAGUUAAUAACAGAGGCAAAACACAGAGGUUAACUCACCCAGCCCUAACGCCGAUAAAAUCGGAAUGUGCCCAAUGCUCCAGCCCUAACGCCGACAGUAUCGGAAUGGAAAAUUUUGCUCUCGUGACCAAAAAUGCUAUUUUUAUGUGAAGCAGACUAUAGCCUAUUGGGAAGAGUAACCAUUUUUCAUUUGAAACACACUAUGAAUAGAAGUGCAAGUCCAAAUUUAGAACAAAGAAAGCUAUAUUCGUGAACCAGGUGAGGGGGUGCGAAAUUUGAACGCACUUCCUUUCUUCGCUAUAUUUAUGUUUACUUUUUGACUCUGUAUAUAGAUCCAGACCUUUUUCCUCGGAGUAUGGCAUAAAAACUAUGACAUAUUUUGCAUUCCAAUGUUCAAAUAAAGGUUUGUUGAAUAAAAUGUAUUACAAAAUUGGGUAGGAUAUGUUAAAA